AUGGCAACAACAGUAAAGCGCCCCGUCCGCAUCGGCGGCGCCUCGGGCGGUUUCACGGACCGCGUGGCUGCCAUUGGCCGGCUGGCCCGUGACCCAGACGUUGACGCCGUGGUCGGCGACUGGCUCUCGGAGAAUGUCAUGACGGGAUACGGCGCCGGCAAGGCCCGCCAAAAGGAUGCACACGGGCUCGACAACGACGACGACGCCAACAAGAAAAAGCUGCCCCUCGAAGAACGCAUGAAGUCGGCGCAGUACGCCAGCACAUUCCUGCAGUGCUUCGCACCGGCGAUGCACGAUCUCGCACGCAACGGCACCAAGCUCGCAGUCAACGCCGGUGCCAGCGACACGGAGCUGCUCGCCGAGGUGGUGGUGGACAUAGUGCAGAAGGCGGGACUGGAUCUCAAGGUGGCGUGGGUCGAGGGCGACGACGUGACGGCGGCGUUCCUCGCGAUGGCCGCGGACGCCACGUCCGAGAUCCGGAGCCUGACGGACGGCAAGACACUGGCCGAAUGGGGCCACGAGCCGAUCUGCGCGCAGGCGUAUCUGGGCAGCCUGGGCAUUGCCGAGGCGCUGCGGCGGGGCGCCGACAUUGUGAUCUGCGGGCGGGUGUCGGACGCGGCGCCGACGAUGGGCGUGGCGGCGUGGUGGCACGGGUGGACGGCGAGCGACCUGGACCAGCUGGCGGGGGCGCUGAUCGCGGGCCACAUGAUUGAGUGCUCGGCAUUUGUGACGGGCGGCUACUACAGCCGGUUCAAGGCGCUGAUGGCGGCCCAGAAGCACCUGAACCUGGGCUUCCCGAUUGCGCGCGUGCACGCCAACGGCGAGUUUGACAUUGCAAAGGAGAAGAACACCAACGGCGUGGUCAACACGGAGACGGUGACGGCACAGCUGGUCUACGAGAUCGCGGGCCCGCUCUACUACAACUCGGACGUGGUGGCGGACCUGCACAACAUUUCGCUCGCGCCGCUGGCCGACGACCUCGUGCACGUCAGCGGCAUCACAGGCCACCCGCCGCCGCCCACGACGCGCUGCGGUGUGACGGCACACGGCGGCUACCAGGCCGAGUGGCACUUUUACCUGGUCGGGCUGGACAUUGAGGAAAAGUGCCGCUGGAUGGAGGAGCAGGCGCGGCACGCCAUCGGCGAGGAGCUCCUCGGCCAGUUCUCGCUGCUCAAGUUCCACGUGCACGGCACGUCGCCGGCCAACCCGGCCAACCAGGAGAUUGCCACGGUGGACUUGCGCAUCUUUGCGCAGACCAAGGAUGCGGCGCUGUUCGACCCCAGCCUGCCGCACGGGUUCGCGCGCAAGCUCUACGAGACGGUGCUGCAGUCGUGCCCCGGCGUGUCGCGGCCCAACGACCUGCGGCAGUCGACGGCCAAGAGCUACUACGAGUACUUUGUCACCCUCGUGCCGCAGUCGGCGUGCCGCCACCGCGUGCACCUGCUGUUUGGCGACGCGGCCACGCGCAGCACGCCCGUGGCCAUUGCGCUGCCGCCGCAGAUGCAGACGUACGGUGCCCAGGCGUCGUACGACACGCGCAACCCGGUGGCCCUGUCGACGUUUGGCGAGACCGUCGAGGCGCCGCUCGGCUGGGUGGCGCUGGGCCGGUCGGGCGACAAGGCGUCGGACGCCAACGUCGGGUUCUACGUGCCGACAGCCGAGCAGUGGGACUGGCUGCGGUCGUUCCUGACGAUUGACACGUUCAAGGCGCUGCUGGGCGCCAAGGAGUACGGCGGCGGGCGCAUUGACCGGUUCGAGAUGGGCAACAUCCGGGCGGUGCACUUUCUGCUCAAGGACCACCUGGACCGGGGCUACAACUCGGGCUCCGGGCUGGACACGCUGGCCAAGAACCUGUGCGAGUAUCUGCGGGCCAAGUACGUGCCCGUGCCCAAGAAGUUUAUCGAGAACGGUCACCUGUAG